UUUCUCCGCUUCCUCUCGUCUUCCUUCUCGCCCCGCUCGCUAUUAACCACUUCGAGCCCGCAACAAAUCUGGUGCUCGAAGACAAGGGUCCCGAUCGGCGAUUCCGCAGCGGAAGCCCAAAUCUGCGACUUCAUCCCGGGAAUUCCAGUUUAGAAGAGGCAAGAUCCAACCUCGUUAACCCUUUACAAACCAAUCCCUUUUGCGUUAAUUGCUUUCGCUUCCCAUUAGUCGUUUGUGCCCGCGGGAUGAUGACGAUGGACGUGGAUCUGUAAGAAAUUUGAUACAUCAAACAAAAAUCGAUCUUCGUUCUAGAUUUUAGAGAUCCCCUCUGAUUUUUUGUGUGGAAGACGCGGUUUUGGACGGUUGCCAUUGUUCUAAGCUGGAUUUAAGCUGGUCAUCAUUCAAGAAUUGGAAUAGGUUGGAUGAGAGGGUUCUCAAAAGGGGAAAGGAGAUGAGACGGCGGCCUGUGGGGCGGGAGGGACAAUGAAUGGAGGGUCAUUGGGUCUACGAUCGGGGAGUUAUGGAUCGCUUCAGCAACAGCUGCAGAACGGUGCUGCUUUGCCGACUCAGUCGCCGCCCCUCCCAGUCCGCAAGACUUCGAAAAUGUCACUUUCCGGAUCAAGAGACAAGGAGAAGAUCUUGCCGAGGAUCUUCAAGUUUGCAGGGAGGAGGAAGGUCGGGAUGUUGCUCUUGCUCGUCGCCUCAGCUGCAGUGCUGUCUUUCAUUUCUGCCGUCACUAAAGAUGAAGACACAUCGGUGAGCCCUGAAUCUCGCAUGGGUUUCACAGACCAUGUCCGGAAUUUUGUAAACCCUAGUAGACCAUCAUUUAAUAAUUUCAAGCCUCUCUUUGCACCUGCAAAAGUAACUGAGGGCAACAGCACUUCCUAUGCAAACCAUGAGUCUGCAAAUACUCAUAAUAAAACACAGCUCUCUAUUCCCAUUCUUCCUCCAACACCACAUCCUUGUGAAAGUUUCACUCUUCCUCCUCCACCAGCUGAUAAGAAGCGCACUGGUCCACGUCCAUGUCCAGUUUGUUAUGUCCCUGUAGAGCAGGCUGUGCUACUCAUGCCACCUUCACCAUCAGCAUCGCCCAUUCUUAAGGAUUUAAGCUACUACUCAGAAGAUAACUUGAUUGCCAAUGAGUCAAAUGGAGGCUCUAUCUUUGGGGGACAUCCAUCUCUGCUACAUAGGAAUGAAUCAUUCAAUAUCAAAGAAUCAAUGAUGGUGCACUGUGGAUUCGUCAAAGGAAAGAGACCUGGUCAAGGGACUGGAUUUGACAUAAAUGACACUGAUCUUCUUGAGAUGGGGGAAUGCCAUGAUGUGGUCAUUGCCUCUGCUAUUUUUGGAAAUUAUGAUAUAAUGCAACAACCAAAGAAUAUUAGUGAAUAUGCAAAGAGGAAUGCCUGCUUUUAUAUGUUUGUUGAUGAAGAAACUGAAGCAUACAUAAAGAAUUCUAGUGGCCUAGUUGAUACCAAAAGAGUUGGUCUAUGGAGAGUGGUGGUAGUUCGAAACCUUCCUUAUGAUGACGCAAGGCGCAAUGGGAAGGUUCCAAAACUUCUGCUCCAAAGGCUUUUCCCAAAUGCCCGGUUUUCUCUUUGGAUUGAUGGAAAACUUGAGUUGGUCGUGGAUCCUUAUCAAGUUCUUGAGAGAUUCUUGUGGCGGAAGAACUACACUUUUGCAAUCUCCAGGCAUUACAGGCGCUUUGAUGUUUUUGAGGAAGCAGAGGCUAACAAAGCUGCUGGAAAAUACGACAAUGCAUCCAUAGAUAGUCAAAUUGAGUUUUAUAAGAAAGAGGGUCUCACGCCUUAUUCUUUGUCCAAGCUUCCAAUUACAAGUGAUGUCCCUGAGGGAUGUGUGAUCAUCAAAGAGCACAUCCCUAUAACCAAUCUGUUCACGUGCCUGUGGUUCAAUGAAGUUGAUCGUUUUACCUCUAGGGAUCAGAUCAGCUUCAGCACUGUAAGAGAUAAGAUAAUGUCUCAAGUGAAUUGGACAAUCAACAUGUUUAUGGACUGUGAAAGACGCAAUUUUGUUGUUCAGGCAUACCACAAAGACUUGUUGGAACAACGGAAAGAACUUGCCUCCUUGAUCCAGCCACCACCUCCUGUGGUGUCUAAUAAAUCACCUCGAGAAUUAAUUCCAGCGGCUCCAGACAGGCUUGCAAGAGCUCCACCGUCGAGGAAGCUGCCUGGGAAGAUAUCCAUGAGGCGUGGGAGGGACAAAAAAUCAGGUUCGAGGCGUCAUCACCCUCGUGCUGGCGCUGGAAAAGAUAACAAUUCGAUCUGAGAUUUUGCACACAUUGAUUCUUUUUCAAGGUUCCUACAGUAUUAUUAGCCGUGGGUCUGCCAAUUCAGGACUAAUUGCCUCCUAGAGGACCCAUUCUUGAGUAUACCGCUCUAUUAUUUUUGCGAGGAACUGUUAAUAGUGAUUCAAUUUUUUUUGUUACAAGUAAUCAGUUCAACAAUAAGUAGCAUUGGCAUCAAUCUCAACAUUUUUGUUCCGAAAGUUACAUCUUUGAUGCAAUCUUUAGUCCACUUUGUAACAUAAAUGUUUUGCUAGUCAAGAAUUGAUCCCGAGCUUCA